GGUUCCUACUGAAGAUGUAAAUCUUUAAAAACACCAAGCAAAUAUAGUUUCGUUUUUUUUCAAAAGGCUCAGUAAUUUCAUAAAAGAGCUUACUGUAGUUUUUAUCAAACGUUACUCAAACAUUUUCAUUUGUUCGGUACUAUUUUCAGCAGCGGAUUAAUCCACAUUUGGUGCUCCAGUGAGUAUUUGGGGCAGCAAGACAUUAUACGUGGGAUUGAGUCCAAAUAAUCUACAGUGUUCAUGUUAAGGAAGGAGCAUGUCACCCAGUGCAACGAUGUCCCUUAGUGAUGUGUUUAUGGACAACUAUGGAGGUCUGUGCCACAGAUGAAGAAGAUGGGUCAGACCUCACUUUUUAGUCAGGUACUGAGGUGAGUACCAGAAGAUGGUGUUUGGUACUCACCCCAUUCCUUGCUGACCACCGUGUCUCACCCACUGUCCUCCGCUUCAGCUUCCUGCACAGUACAUGUUGAAGAUGCACCUCCCAGUCGCUGGUUGAACCUCUGAUUAGCCUUCUCCAUCAACAGAUGCUUUGUGUCAAAUGUCUCUGUGGCCUCAUACUUCUGAAGAAUGGUGCACAUCAUUGUGUUGCCACAACAGUGGAGGUAACGCCAAGUUGGAUGAUCAGGAACAAAAAAAUGAUCGCUUUACUUUAGGGAGUCAUGUUUCUAAUGAAAUCUUUAAAUUUGUCUUGUUCUUGUCAGCAUCAGCAUUAGAACAGAAGCCCCUUUCACACAGAUGGAUGAUUUCAGAAAGCACGCUGGCGUCUGGUGUAAUGUACAAUGCGUGCGUCAGGCAGCGACUUGCAUCCGUCCAUACCAUCCGUGUUAUAUGCUGGUUAAUGUCCUCUGCUCGGAGGUUAAGGAGCUCCCGCACUUCGUUGUCUCCCCAAUUUGCUGUCAUUCACGGUUGCUGUAGUUUAGCUGCUGACUGCUGCCUGGUGGUUGGGGCACACAAGGUGUGAUAUAAUUAAGACGUCACACCCGUUCCGUUGUGGUGGCUGUUUCUUUUCACACAAUUCAAUUCAAUUUAUUUUAUUUUUGUAUAGCCCAAAAUCAUGAAUUACAUAUUUGCCUCUGAGGGCUUUACAAUCUGUACACAUGUGACACAGGUGAGAAAGCAGAGAGACUCUGGUGAAGAAGCAGAGUUAGUAAUGAGCAUUAAUGGGACAUGAAUUCAUACAGAGAGAGAAGAGGAGAGAGGAGCUUAGUGCAUCCUGACACAGACGCCAGCCUCGGCUCUGUGACUACCUCUGCUACCUGCUCAGUAGAGGAACAACUCUGUCCCCCUAUUCUGCCUCCAAACCUUUCAUACCUGUGAGGGCUUUGCUCUGGUUUACACUGUAGAAAAUAGAGUUUUGUGUGUUUACAAUCACAAAACUCAAAAGACAGCAUGUUUGUUUAGAAAGCCCUUCUGACUGGAGGACUGCGCGAGUGUUGACUUAAGCCCACAGAAAAAGUCUGACUGAUCUUCUGUAUGUCUGUGUGUCCGUCAGUCACCUGUCUGGCUCCAGAUUCAGGGACCUCCACCACAUCUGCAGCCCCUUCAUCAAGCGAGCCUGCCUCAUCUCUGGCUAUGUGGUGAUCAUCAUGUCACUCAGGCUGUGGCUGAUGGGAGGAUCCAUGCCCCUCUUCUCUGAACAGGACAACCCCGCCUCCUUCUCACCACACCUGACUACCAGGAUUUUGACCUAUUCUUACCUGCUGUCUUUCAACGCCUGGCUGCUGCUGGCCCCCGUCGUUCUGUGUUACGACUGGCAGGUGGGCAGCAUUCCCCUGGUGGAGUCGUUGGGUGACAUGCGCCUCGUGGCUACCGCGCUGCUGGCCGUAGUGAUGGUUGCUCUCUGCCUGCGCUGCGUCUUCUCACUGCAGAGACAGGAGAGCAGACAGGUAUUGGUCGGAAUGUUGUUUCUGGUCUUCCCCUUCAUUCCUGCCAGUAACCUUUUCUUCAGGGUGGGAUUUGUUGUGGCCGAGAGGGUUCUCUACAUGCCAAGUAUGGGUUAUUGUAUCCUGGUGGCUCAUGGCCUAGGCCGGCUGUGUUCGGUGGUGGGCCGUUGGGGCACCACAGUCCUCAGUGUCUCCAUGCUGCUGCUCCUCCUGCUCUUCUCCUGGAAGACGGUCCAGCAGAACCACGUCUGGCUCUCCAGGGAGGCACUCUUCCGCUCUGGUAUCCAGACUCUGCCACACAAUGCCAAAGUCCACUACAACUACGCCAACUUCCUGAAAGACAGCGGCCGGCACCAGGAGGCCAUUCACCACUACACCACCGCUCUCAGGUUAUUCCCACGCCAUGCCAGCGCCAUGAACAAUCUGGGCACUCUGACUCGCGACCCAGAGGAGGCUGAGCGCUACUACAGGAAGGCACUGGACACCAACCCCCAGCAUAACCGAGCUCUCUUUAACCUGGGAAACCUCCUGAAGUCCCAGGGGAAGGAGAAAGAGGCUGAGACUCUACUAAAGGACUCCAUGCACUUCGGUCCACAUUUUGCUGAUGCUUACUCCAGUCUAGCAUCACUCUAUGCUGAGCAGAAACGCUUCGCUGAAGCCAGUGAAGUGUAUCUGAAGGGAAUAGAGAACUGUCCGGACAGCUCCGACCUGCAUAAUAACUAUGGAGUGUUUCUGGUGGAUACGGGUGAGUUGAACCUAGAGGCUCUCUGGCCCCUGAUAAAACUUUAAACUAGUUCUGCUGAGAUCUAAUCUGUCAGUGGGAACAGUCUGUAUGAUGUUAAUGUUAUUGAAAGUAGUGCUGGGCGGUAUACUGGUUCAACCGGCACGUCAAAGAAUACGCCCAACAUGUCAAACU